UAUUCAUUCUAAACUAGCUGGUUGUGACAGCCACGACCCAAUUCCUUGCUUGAAAACUAGUAAUAACAUGGAUGCAGAUGAAAAGCACGAUUCCACUACAAAUGAUGGCAUGUCGGUGGUAAUUCCUAAACCGCCCACAAUCGAGGAUUUCAUCGUUUUGAAGCCCAUCAGCCGCGGUGCUUUUGGCAAGGUCUACCUUGCACGGAAGAAGUGCAAUGCGCGAUUAUAUGCCAUUAAGGUGAUGAAAAAGGCAGACAUGGUUGAUAAAAAUAUGACGGGUCAGAUGAAGGCGGAGAGAGACGCACUUGCUUUGAGCAAAAGCCCCUUCGUGGUUCACCUGUUUUACUCCCUUCAGACAGCCACCAAGAUCUAUCUGGUGAUGGAAUACCUCAUUGGUGGAGAUGUCAAGUCUCUGCUUCACAUAUAUGGAUAUUUUGACCAGGAUAUGUCUGUAAAAUAUAUUUCAGAGGUUGCGCUGGCUUUGGACUACCUCCAUCGUCAUGGUAUAAUCCACAGGGACUUGAAGCCAGACAACAUGCUUAUAUCCAACGAAGGACACAUCAAAUUAACAGACUUCGGUCUCUCUAAAGUGAAGCUUGACAGAGAGCUGAGUCUUAUGGAUAUCCUCACUACUCCAUCCUUGGCUAAACCAAAAAAGGGCUACUUCCGCACCCCGGGUCAGGUCCUCUCCUUAAUCAGCUCCCUUGGAUUUAAUACAACUGCGGGAGAGGGCAAGCGCCACUGCAGUGCAUCUGCUGUGUCCAGCCCCAUGUCCUGUGGCAAAAUAAAACACAAGAAUAACUCUCUUGGUUCUCCCUUGAUGAAGAUAAAAGAUCAUUUGUCCUCUCCAACUUGCUACCCGUUGAAAAUGGGAUCGAACAACAUUCUGUUCAGUCCUCAUAACCUGGCGAAAAAUCUGACUCCCUCACUGCUGAAGACCAGGAAGAGGUUUGAGACGAUGAGUGCAGGCAGCACCACCACCGACACUGAGGGUGGCAUCAGUCCACUGUGGGAGUGUGAUGAGAAAGAAAAUGAACAUACUAAUACGCAGAAGGGGAGAGGGCGUUGUGAGUCCAAAGGGCCCGAACAGGACUGUGCGCCCACAAAAGCCGGCACCUUCGGCUUCUCUGCCAAGUCCCCCGGCAGUCUGUCUGCUGAAUCAAGUCCAGACUAUUUAGCAGAAGAAAAGCUUCCUAUUAACAAACGGGGGCCUGUUUCCACAGCUCUGCAUGAUUUUUGUCCAUCAGCCUCAUCUGUAAAGAGGACGUUUUCCGAUGUUGAAAGAAGCCCCGAGCCAUUAGAGAUCCGAGCUAAGAAGAGUAAUGCACACUACAAGAGAUGCUAUGAGCUUCCAGGAGAUACUGCAGGGUUUCACACUGGCCUGACCGGAACAUUUUCCACCAUCCAAAUAGGUGACUUCACUGCCUCCACAAAGGGGAUUGGGUUAGACGAAGACCGGUUCCCAAAGCUCUCCAGUCCAAUUGCCGUGGCCAAAAGUCUGUUUUGUGAACUGGAAGAGCCAACAGAGGACGUGUUUGAAGAUGGGACCAAAGACUUGUCACGAACAAGUUUCACCUCACCUCUUAAUGGGAACAGUGACAUUUGCAGGAGCUUGAGCCUCGACUCCGAUGGGUCCAUGCAAGAAACGUCUCCCACUCUUCACAGCCCUGCAUCAUUCAAGCCAAAAAAGAGUUCCGAAAAGAGGGAUUCAGCAUCAUCUGAGGAGCAAGAGGAAAGUAAAGACUCAGCCAUCACUGAAGCACACUGGCUUGGUAACUUUGGCCAUAGAGCUGAAUCUCAGGGUUCCUUUCUUAACCAGCUCCCUGAUCUAGGUUGCAGUGCUGUACGGUCCCCCUUGUUCACCAAGCCGCGGAAUGUUGUAGCUUUCCGUAGCUACUGUAGCUCCAUUAACCGCUCCAACAUGUCAGGGGUGUCCCGACUUAGCAUCGGGUCUGUUGAGGCCAUGGAGCUCUCUGCAACAGCUGCUUAUCACUCUGCAUCUGGUACUGCGACCCCAGUGCAGAAAAGACCCAACUCCAGCAGCUCUCUCUAUCAGACUCCCCAGCCCAUGUCGACCUCUCACACCCCUUUCAGGACUCCAAAGAGCGUCAGAAGGGGGGCGCUGCCUGUGGAGGGUGCACCCAUUUUAGGAACUCCUGACUAUUUGGCUCCAGAGCUUCUUUUGGGAAAACCACAUGUUUCAGGAUGUUGUCAGUGUGACUUCAUGGUGGAUUGGUGGGCGUUAGGCGUGUGUCUUUUCGAGUUCCUCACAGGUGUGCCACCAUUCAACGACGAGACGCCUCAGCUGGUCUUCCAGAAUAUCCUCAACAGAGAUAUUCCCUGGCCUGAGGAGGAGGAGGAACUGUCUGUAAACUCAAGAAAUGCGAUUGAAAUCCUCCUGACCAUGGACAUGACAAAACGAGCUGGUCUAAAAGAGCUCAAGUGUCACCCCCUGUUUGAGGGCCUGGACUGGGACAACCUGCAGAACCAGCCGAUGCCUUUCAUACCUCAGCCCGAGGACGAAACCGACACCUCGUACUUUGAGGCAAGAAACAACGCUCAGCACAUCGCCGUGUCCGGCUUCAGCCUAUAGUCACACACGCAAACCGAGGCAGGCGACACAUUUUGGCUGUUUAUGAAUCACUUGCUUUCAUUGUGAAACACUCCGAAAAUCAGAUCCAUUAAACAAAUGAACACACAGUAACAAUGUGGAUUCUGAUGUUUUCUGUUCGAGGUUGUAGUAAUUUUUAAAAAAACAUUUUACCUAUGUGCAAUCAUUGGUCACAAGAGACAGAAAAAAAGCUGAAUCCUCUGACUGGUCACUUACUGUAGUUAUGUGUUGUGGAAAGUAAACUUCUUUUAAAUCUUUGUAUUACCACAUUCUGCAGAUAUGUCUCCUAAAUUGGGUUUUUUUUUACUAGCAAAGUAUCAUUUACUACUGUGUUACUUAUAGCAGGCUUUGAUUUCUGUGUUAUAUUGAUCAAACACAAAAUAACUAAGUUCAUGUAAAUUUGUUACUGGCAGUUGUUGACUUCCGAUGCCGAUCUGUUCCGUUUUUUGCUGCACUGUUCAUCAUUGUGACGUCCUCUUGCUGUUAGUAGACUGGGUGGACAUGGGAGGGGUACAAUACUGAAGAAAAACAUUCUAAUAUAUUCAUGAAUCAUGUAUUUUAUAUGUAAAUUUUGUUAAUAACAUUUAGUGUUGUUUUAAGAAAUGAGUAGGUACAUUGUAUUGAAACAGGACUGUUGUUGUUUUGGUGCUUUUAUGUUCUUUGUUUUGGUCAUUUUGAUGUGGUGUCUUCUGUCUAUUUCCACACUACUAGUUGUUUUAGGUAAGUUCAACAGGCUCCCUGCUAACCUUUUAUCGUG